GCUACACACACACCUUUUAAUUCAACUUUUGAAAAGGUGAUUCAAAAAAAAAAUUUGUAUUUCCCCAACCAUGUUUAGGAGGAUUCCCUGGGUUGUUGCCGUGUUGUUGGGUCUGGUUUGUGCCGGUCCCAAGAGAGAUCUUCGCCCUGGCAUGACUGACCAGGAUCUGUUCUGGGGAGCGGACCAGUAUGACUUCUCCAUUGUGCUUCCUGCGUCGGGGAUGGAGUGUUUCUGGCACUUCGCUCACCAAGGAGAGCAAUUCUACCUGACCUUCAUGGUCCAGUGGGUGACUGGGGUCGGCCAUGACAGGCACUUGUCAGUUACCGUCAACACUCCCAGCAGUCUGCUGGUGUCCAGUGUUGAUGACGCAACCGGUCAGAUCAACUUUAAGACUGAGGAGACAGGGUUCUACCAGAUGUGCUUCAACAACUUCCACAACCGAUUUGGCACCAUGCAGGUCUUCCUGAACUUUGGUGUCUACUAUGAAGGCGCUAAGGACACUGCAUCACAAAAGGAGGAAGAGAGGAAGAUGAAAGAGCAAGCUGGAAAGGACCUGAACAACACACUGACUACCAUAGAGGAGACCUCCCAUAGGGUGGUGAGACACGUGUUCCACAUGUUCCGCUACUACAACUUUGGCCUAAUGAGGAAAAGCGCUGACUACUACCUCCUGCUGUCUAACUCUCAGUAUGUGAUGUACUGGUCUGCAGCACAGAGCCUGGUCAUUGUUGUGGCCGGCUACCUCCAGCUUCACUUCCUUAAGAGACUCUUCAACAGCAAACCCAGUGCAGAGGCAGAGAAGCCAUGCUGCUGACACCCUCACAGACCAUUCACAUAGUUUCAUUCAAACAGAGGGUGAACUCCUUCCAUGCCUCUGCUGAAGCUCAAUAAAACAGUUUUACAGUGUCAUCUCAUUCCAGUG